CAUAUAUAUAUCUCGUUUUUUUUUCCUUCAAAAUUCAUAGGAGCUUUCCGUUCUUAGAUUCUUAUUCGAAUCUUCAUUUAGAUUUAUACAUUUCUGUUUAAAAUUUUGAUUUUUAGUUAUUAAUCCUUUCGCGCCCUAAUCGACGAAAUGACUGCAUCUGCAAAAUUUACGUUGGUUUAUACUUCUUCGCCGGAGUUGGACUUUGUUCACCCCCCACCGUCAACAAAGCUAGGGUUCGCGAAAUUCCGGACAACGUCAAUUGGUUAUCAACGGAAUAUGACGUCAAUUUCGAAGAAUUUGGCGCCAAUUAAAGCUAUGGAAGGUUCGAGAAUGCAGUCAUAUGUUGAAGUCAAGCCGAAUGGACAUGCAGUUACGAAUGAUUCGAAUGGUUCCAUUCUACAUAAAAGCUUAGCGAAUGGAAUGGAAUCAGAGAAUAUAGUUUGGCAUAAAUCUUCGGUCGACAAAAUCGAUAGACAGGAAUUACUUCAGCAAAAAGGCUGUGUUCUUUGGAUUACUGGCCUCAGUGGUUCAGGAAAGAGCACUGUGGCUUGUGCAUUAACAGGAGCCCUUCAUGCUCGAGGAAAGCUGACAUAUAUUCUUGAUGGUGAUAAUGUUAGGCAUGGUCUUAACCGUGACCUAACUUUUAAAUCAGAAGAUCGAGCAGAGAAUAUAAGAAGAGUUGGAGAGGUUGCUAAGUUGUUUGCUGAUGCUGGAGUUAUAUGUAUAGCUAGUGUUAUAUCUCCUUACAGAAAAGAUCGUGCUGCUUGUCGAUCGAUACUUCCAGAUGGAGACUUUAUCGAGGUAUUUAUGGAUAUACCUUUAUGUGUAUGUGAGGCAAGAGAUCCGAAAGGGUUAUACAAGCUUGCAAGAGCUGGAAAGAUUAAAGGUUUUACUGGAAUCGAUGAUCCAUAUGAAGCACCACUAAACUCUGAGAUUGUGUUACGACAAGAAGGAGAGGUCUGUCCUUCACCUGAAACUAUGGCGGAAAAAGUGAUUUCAUAUUUGGAAGAAAAAGGGUAUCUACAGGCUUAAAAAUGCUGCAAAAAAAUUAAGUUUCUAAAUUUGUUGAUACUUCUGGGAAAUUAUUGUUUCCUAGUUUGGGGUUCGAGUUAUUGGUGCAGAUAGUUCGUUGAUCAACGAAUUGGUUAAUUGUUGUAUUGUUUUAUUUUCUUACUAUUAUGGUUGGAAUAAAAAGGUUCAAAAUAGAUCAGGUUUUGCUGUAAAAUGUGUUAUGUACGGUUGUGAAGG